AUGAAGAUUAUAUUUCUAUUGAUUAUUGUCUUCGAAGUGUACAGCAAUUUAGUGUAUCAAACAGCAGCACAAAAUGUUGAAGAGUUGCAGCAAGUACACAAUAGAAACAUACGUGCUACUAGGCGUACAAAAACGACAAACAGUAAAAACGAUCCAUGCAAUUAUACUGCCCCGCUUAAACCCAACUUCUCAUCUGGCAGAAGAAUAAGUCAAGCGAAAUGCCUCGAAUACAUUUGGGACCUAAAGCAACGUGCUGACCACCUCGCAAACGUAACCAAAUGUAUCCAGAAAAGACAUCCAGGUCGUCAUACUAUAGGUGGACGUAAGACAGUAUCUGGGGAAUUUCCUCAUAUGGGUGCUGUUGGAUGGAGAGCAGUCGUUGGAACUUGGAUUUUUAGGUGUGGCAGUUCAUUAAUCAGCUCCAAAUUCCUUUUGACCGCUGGCCAUUGUUCUAGAGUCUCUUCACGUGAUGCCAGUGUAGCCAAUCCAGUCCCAGAGAUUGUCAGACUUGGUGAUAAAAAUAUAGUUGAUGUGUACUCUAGGGGUGUCGAACCGCAGGACGCCAAAAUCAAACGAAUAAUAAACCAUCCAAAAUUCAAACCUCCCAAAAAAUAUUUCGAUAUCGCAAUAAUAGAGUUAGAACAAGACGUGGAGUUCAGCAAACUUGUGCAACCAGCGUGUCUUUGGACUAAAUUUAACACACAAGAGCUUGGAAAAAAGGCCACUCUCACUGGUUGGGGUAUUGUUGAAACAGCCGGAAAGACAAUAUCUCCAGAGCUUCAAGCAGCGGAGGUAGAUGUAAUAAAUUCUAAUAAAUGCGACGGUUUUCUAAAGCCGCAUUGUGGUAGACUAUGGUGUGGUGUAGAAUCACACCAACUGUGUGCAGGGAAGCUUGCUGGGGGAGUAGAUGCUUGUCAGGGUGACUCUGGAGGACCGUUGCAAGUGAAAAUCCAGAUACCAGUAACUACGCAAGGAUCUAUGCACUACGUCAUAGGCGUGACGUCAUUUGGAAUAGGAUGUGCAUUGCCCAAUCUGCCCGGUGUUUAUACGAGAGUGUCCAGCUUCAUAGAUUGGAUCGAAGACGUGGUGUGGCGGGGAUUGUAA